ACCGAGAACAAUGCCUCUCGUCCUAAGAGAAGAACUUCCACUCCUGCCGCGGCGGAAGCGGACGGAACCAAAAGCCGUGGGCGCCGGUUCUCCUGAGAGCGCUUCUCCGUGACGAACCAGACCGCACCCGCUCAGGGUUGCCGUGGAGACGGAGAGAGCCGUGUGGAUGCCGAGAGGCACUGAGGCUGGGCCUUUGCUGUCCGUCCGGGGAAGGGGCUCACCGAACCAACGCCAAGAUGAUGCUUUCAAGGGCCAAGCCUGCUGUAGGCGGGGACCUCCCGCACGCUGACAAAAGAAAGAAGAAAGGUAGGAAGAUUCCGAAACUAGAGGAGCUACUUUCACAAAGAGAUUUCACUGGAGCUAUUACCGUGCUGGAGUUCAAACGUCAUGUUGGGGAACAAGAAGAGGAUACUAAUCUGUGGAUUGGAUACUGUGCUUUUCACCUGGGUGACUACAAGAGAGCUUUGGAGGAAUAUGAAAAUGCAACAAAAGAUGAAAAUUGCAAUCCUGAAGUCUGGGUGAACCUAGCCUGUACCUGCUUUUUUCUCGGAAUGUAUAAACAAGCUGAAGCCGCUGGAUUUAAAGCUCCAAAAAGCCGACUUCAAAACCGCCUCCUCUUCCACUUGGCUCAUAAGUUUAAUGAUGAGAAGAAGUUAAUGAACUUUCAUCAGAAUCUUCAGGAUAUCACAGAAGAUCAACUCAGUUUGGCCUCAAUCCACUAUAUGCGAUCUCACUACCAAGAAGCUAUUGAUAUUUAUAAGCGAAUACUGCUAGAUAACAGGGAGUACCUUGCCCUCAAUGUAUAUGUGGCCCUAUGUUACUACAAGUUGGAUUACUAUGAUGUGUCUCAAGAAGUUCUGGCAGUUUACCUUCAGCAAAUUCCUGAUAGCACCAUCGCACUCAAUCUUAAGGCCUGUAAUCAUUUUCGCCUUUACAACGGCAAAGCAGCUGAGGCAGAACUCAAAAGCUUGAUGGACAACGCUUCUUCUUCCUUUGAAUUUGCUAAAGAACUCAUCAGGCACAAUCUGGUUGUUUUCCGAGGAGGUGAAGGGGCUUUGCAGGUUUUGCCUCCCCUGGUUGAUGUUAUUCCUGAAGCUCGGUUAAACUUAGUGAUUUACUACCUUCGUCAAGAUGAUGUACAAGAAGCUUAUAACUUAAUUAAGGAUCUGGAACCUACUACUCCUCAGGAGUAUAUCCUCAAAGGAGUGGUCAGUGCAGCCCUUGGCCAGGAAAUGGGUUCGAGGGACCAUAUGAAAAUUGCUCAGCAGUUCUUCCAGCUGGUGGGAGGGUCAGCGAGUGAGUGUGAUACAAUACCUGGGAGGCAGUGCAUGGCUUCCUGUUUCUUUCUGCUUAAGCAAUUUGAUGAUGUCUUGAUUUACCUCAACUCAUUUAAGAGUUACUUCUACAAUGAUGACAUCUUUAACUUUAAUUAUGCCCAAGCCAAAGCUGCAACAGGCAAUACCAGUGAGGGUGAAGAGGUUUUCCUUUUAAUCCAAAGUGAGAAGAUGAAAAAUGAUUACAUUUACCUCAGUUGGUUAGCUCGGUGCUAUAUCAUGAACAAGAAACCAAGACUAGCCUGGGAACUUUAUCUCAAGAUGGAAACCUCUGGCGAGUCCUUUAGCCUCUUACAGCUCAUUGCUAAUGACUGCUACAAGAUGGGCCAGUUCUACUAUUCAGCCAAAGCUUUUGAUGUCUUAGAGCGGCUGGAUCCCAACCCUGAAUAUUGGGAAGGCAAGAGGGGUGCCUGUGUGGGCAUUUUCCAGAUGAUCUUAGCUGGAAGAGAACCCAAAGAGACACUUCGAGAAGUGCUCCAUUUACUGAGAAGCACAGGUAACACCCAAGUGGAGUACAUCAUCCGGAUCAUGAAGAAAUGGGCCAAAGAAAACAGAGUGCCUGUCUAAAACAGCUCCAGAGCCCUAGGGAACCAGUCACCACUUUGAUGUGAAAUUGGAAAUAAUUUUCCUCAAGUUUAAUGUAAGAUGCAGGGCUCUGUUCUUUGCCAUUUCCUUCCUUGCCCUUUGAGCCUCAAGAUCAGUGACUGACUUGCUUAGAACUAGCCUCCUGGCUGAACUAAGUGCCAUAGUCCAUGCUGUGGCCCCUGUAUGAUCCGACUAGCAAUAAGACUUUGGACUUGUCUGGUGCCUUUCUUCCAAAAAUACUCAGAGAACUCUUAUGUAAUUUACUGACUUUAAGGAGAAUGGCAUAAUUUUUUUAAAUAUUGGCAUUCCAUGGCAUUUUCCCCUCGCUGCAAUAACAAAUGCCUUUAAUGCUCAAGAGUACCCUCAUUCUAUCGUCUUCAUCUUAGCCAUCUGUACAUUAUCCCAUUUUACUGGGGAAUUCCAUAAAGAAUUUGUAACGCAUUUCUGAAUUUCGGGAGAGCAGAGGUUAUAAAUAGUGAUAUGAUUCUAAGAGUGGCAGUAAGAUCCUUUAUCAAACUCAUUCAUGGAUAAUGGACUUUGAGGAUUACUCUUGCAGUCAUUCUGCUGAUAAAUAACAUUACAGUGGAGUAACAGGAGAAUUGGAGUUUUUUAAAAGGUGAGUACUGUGAAAAAAAAUCUGUGUGGUACAUUUAAAAGUAUUCAAGAAAUAGUAUACAAAUUGCAUUAGUCACUUCUCUGUUCUAUUUUAGGGAACAAAACAGGUUAGGGAUUUUUUUUUUUCAUAUAUCAUGCUGAAUAAACAUCAAUUUUGAAAGUAGGGCUACAGAGAUUAUAUAUAUGCAGUGUGGCUAUUUAUUAAUAUAAUGAUAAUAAAGCAUGAACUGUGCAGAGCCCUUUAAGGAACCUCCUAAUGGCUGGACUCUGUCCUAAGUCAUAUUCCAGCCCCAUGUUUCUGAGCUCUUGCAACAUAAACCUAUUAUACAACUGAGCAGUUUUAGACUCACAAAUGAUUUUUCAGAAAAUAGACAUACAUGGUUUUCUGUACCAGAUUACCUUUGUUUCCACACCCUGUAUUUUGUUCCUACGAGUUUAAGGUCCCCAGCGUUACAGGUAUACAAAGUGUAGAGCCAUCCCUAUCUGGCAUGAGAACUGAAAGAAAGUCCUAAUUCCUUGAAGCAUUAUAGACAGCUUAGAGAACUCAUGGAAGCUCCGGCUCGGUUGUCCAGUAUGCCCCCGGCAUGUGCUGUAGCCGUGGAAGCCGGACAGAACGGAGCCGGGAGCAUGGCAGGGGAGUAGCUAAGGAGAGGAGAUCAGUGACUGCAGGUAGCCUUUGCCUUCUGGACAGUUGCAAGGGGUUCUUUCAGUUCCUGUCUUUUAUCUUCGACCCAGAUCUAAUCAGUUCAGAGCACAAGUCAAAACAAAUUGGCCUGAAUAACUGAAUUUUAGAAAAACAAAUUUGUAUCAUUUUUCCAAACGCCAAAGCUUCUACUCUUCAUUAACAUUGUCCCUCCGUUUUCAGUAGUUGGUUCUUAGCAUCUAAGGUACUCAGUGGAUCAGAGCUGGGCAGAACCUGCUCUAAUUUUAGAAUUAUCUUGUGAUUCCUAUUACGCUCACUUAAAAUAUUAGGAAACAUAGUAGUGGAAAAAGACGGAACACCUCAGUGGCUUUUGGCAAUGAAAUUUGUCUUCCAGUUGAUUGCUAUUAUUUUCAAAUUUCCUCUACUUGAUAAGCUUUUCCAUUGAUGGUGAUUUACUUUUAAAUGAGGUUUUGUUGAAUUAAUAGUCUAGCAUCUCCCUGCCAUUUUCCUGUCUUUGGGGAAAAGCAGAUACUCCAAACAUAGCAAUUCCUGGAAUUUUAAACUAAUUUUUAAAGAGUUUUUAAUCUAUAGAAGUGAGUCAAAAAAGUGUAGGGACUAGUUGAAGAGGGAUACCAUCCAGUUCUGUUAGUAAGGAUAGCUACUUGUGAACUGUGUUGGCGGGGUCCCAAGAUUGUCGAGUCAUGUGGCAUGGCAGUUUUUCUUACAUGUGAUGAAGAGGGUGCAGGCUGAGGAAUGUAGUGUCAUGUGUACAGUUCAGAACAUCCAUGUACUAUUUAUAGUUGAUAGCAAAGAUUACUUGCAAAUGGAAAAAAUUUAUAAUUAUUUUUCUACUUCAAAAGAAUUAUUAUAUUGUACUGUAAUAUACUCAAAUUAAAGUUUAUUAUUUGGUCUUACUAUGUAUCCUGUUGAGCGUGGUGAAUGCAGGUCCUGGGUAUGUCAUGUGCCUUCUCCCCUUUCUUGACCCCAGAGUGGAGGGGAAAAAAUAAAGUUUGGGGCUCCAUAGGUACUCUUUAUGAAAGAGGAAAGUAGAUAUUUUUUAUAGAAGCCUUGUCCCCUAAGGCUGUGGUUCCUCAUUGGUCAGAUUACGUUUGGCUCUUUGCUGAGUCAUAGCUCAUUUCACAAGUGUUAUAGCCAGUGCAUAGUAUGAUACCUCGCACAAGAA